AUGGCCAGGGGCGUGUCGCCAAUCCUGAGCCGCAGUAUUCACGAGUCCCCUGGAUUUCGCAGCAGUCCCGGAAGAAAUGACAGCCCCUCACGGCAGCUGCUGCCAGAACUUGAUUUCUACAAGAAACUCGCCAAACUCAAUUUGCACGAUGCUGAGCAGCAGAAGGUUUAUUAUGCCCAGAAAUGCGCGUUCCAGGACGAGUUAGAUGCACGCGAGGAGGCUGCAGCGACAGCUCAUGAGUCCGAGAUUGCUAGUUCGAAGGCGCAACGAGAACAAGUUAGGCAACAGGCCGAAGCUGCUCUUCAAGCUCACAUUCGUGAAGAGCAACGGCUGGCGGAAGCAAAUCGUCGUCGUCAAGAGGAGGAAGACGCUCGACGAAAAGCUGAAGCAGAGCGCCGUGCCAGGGAAGAAGAAGAGCGCAAAGUCCGAGAGCGGACCGAGCAAGAGGAAGCCGCUAAGCGCGCUGAAGCUGAGAAGGCCAGACAGGAGCAAGAACGCCAGAAAAGGAGAGCCGAGGAGGCUCAACGACUAGAGAGCGAACGGCAGGAACAGGAACGACAGAAAGCUGAAGCCGAGGCUGAAAGCGAAGCACGAGCAGCAAAGCAGCGUUCAGAGGAAGCGAAGAAGGCGGCCACUCCAGCAUUAGCAACCACUCCUACCCCAACUCAACCAUCAACGGGCUCAACUUCAGCAGCACCAGCAGACAUCGAACAAGAGCACAAAAACUAUCUGGUCAUCCACAAGCGUCUCAAGAAGUUCCGCGUCGACUUUGUGGAAUCCUGUAAAUCGAACAAGCCCUUCAGAGCCCAGGUGGGCGAAAUGCGCCGUGGUGUUCGUGUUGCAGUUGGCCAACUACGACUCGAUGGCGUAGAGUCCAACAAAGUCGCAAUGCAAAAAGUCUGGAACAUCCUCGGUACGACCCUCAGAGACACCACCUCGCCAAGAGUCCCAGUCAACGACUACCUACCGGCACACCACGCCCUGCCCGACAACUCCACGACGCUACCCGCCCUAACAAUCUACAUCCUCUCCAUCCUCGCCAAAGCCGUCAUCAACGUCUCCAUUACCUCCUGCAUCGACAACCCCAAAGCCGGCGAAGCCCCCGGCGUCUUGACCGCGCAAAUCUUCGCCCAUCCAGAUCUCUCCUUCGCCCGACCCACCGCCCCGACACGCGUGUCCCUCAUCAGCAUCCUUCUCUGCAAGUACCACGCCGCGGCCCCCCAGCUCUUCGGCAUCAACGGCUCCGAGACGCACGAACGCGCGCGCAUCGGCUGGCGCGCCGAGCCGCACGGCAGCGACGGCCGCAAGGCCUACGUGAUGGAGCAGACGCAGUACGACCGCCUCGUGGGGCUCGCCGCCAGCUACGCCGCCGUGAGCCUCCGCAACUUCAGCCGCGCCAAGAACAACAACCCCUACCCGCCGCGCCACUUCUGGGCCUCGCUCGCGCACCUGGUCAACACGCCGCCCGAGCACGUGCAGGUUAGCCAGCUGAUCCUGCUCAAGUCGCUGCUGGAGAACAGCGUGGAGCGCGUCGUGCAGUUCUUCGGCGCCACGGGCAUCGCGGCGCUGAGGCAGGCGUUGGUGGUGCUGCCGAGCAAUCUGCCCGAAGCGCUGCGCGGGCAUUCAACCGUGAAAGCGCUGGAAAUCAUGCGGGAGCGGUGGGCUAAGGAUUUGAAAUUCCAUUUGGUAUGA